AUGAGCUUAAAGCCUUCGUUUAUUGAAAAGCUAAAUCCGGAUGGUUUUACUCCCUUGCACCUAGCUUUGCACAUCAACGUUGUUGAGACUGUAAAAAGGCUUGUAAAAUGUGACCCAACACCUAUUCAUGUUCCUGGGAGGGAAAGGAUUACACCCUCUCAUUAUGCAGCAGAAAUAAACAGCGUUGAGCUUCUAGCUGAAUUUCUUGUUUCUUGCCCGGAAUCGAUCAAGGAUUUGACAGCUUGUGGGGAUACUGCGGUACAUGUUGUUGUGAGAACCAGAGGUUCUGAGGUACUCAAGAACAUGAAUAACGUCAAUGACAAGAACUCGCAAGAUAUGACAGCACUUGAUAUUGCCAUGUCUCUUCCGGCUGAAAUGAACACCAAAAUUAAGAUCUAUCUAUGCCGUGCAGGAGCUUCAAGAGCUUCGUUGCGUCACAAGAAUGUUAGUUUAGCAGAUUUCAUGGGUUCACAGGAAUGA